GACUCUGGGAGGGCAGUCACUCGUUGACAAUCGACGAAAAAGACGUAUCGAGCUAUUGCAAAGGGAUUAAAUUAAAAACGAAUGAAAUAUUAUUAGAAUGAGUAAAGCAAUGAUAAGCAGUCGGGAAUGAGUGAAAUGUUACUAAAAACAUUUGUCAUUUGACAGCGAGGAAUAUCCAGAGAAGGGCAACGAAGUAAAUGGAGAGAAUUGGAUGAAGUGGUGGGUGAAACGGCACUGGAGAAGUAUAAAAUAAAAUAAGUGACUUUUGGGGUGGGAUUGUCAAGUGUGUGGGAAUUAAAACAAGAAGGAGCGAGCAAAGGGAGAGUCAUAGGGGUUGUGGAAAAAGAGGGUUGGAAAUAAAGAAAAAAAAGGGAGUGAAGAGAAUUUCUCGGGCUGGGGGGGACAGAGGGAUCGGUGACGUGUUCCCAGGGGGGUGGGAAAAAAUAAGGUCGCAAGGAUGACGGGGGUUGAGGACGGUAAGGGGAGUAGUGGAGGCGAGGGUACCGAUGUUAGCGCCACCGAUAAGGUUGGACAACAGAACGGCGCACCGGAAAAAGCACCCGUUGUUGCCGGAACCAAUAUGGAAACAUUACCAAGACCCGGCAAACAGAGUGAUCCAAGUACAGCUUUUCUUCGGGCUGCGCGGGCUGGCCAACUGGAGAAAGUUUUAGAAUUCUUGGAGUCUGGAGUUGACAUCAACGCCUCAAAUGCUAAUGGCUUGAAUGCUCUCCACUUGGCAGCCAAGGACGGCCACUUGGAGAUAGUGCGGGAGCUCUUGACGCGUGGUGCGACAGUCGACGCAGCCACCAAGAAAGGAAACACCGCCCUACACAUUGCUUCUCUCGCUGGACAAGAGGAAGUUGUACAACUGCUCGUUCAGAAAGGCGCCUCUGUCAAUGCACAAUCCCAGAAUGGUUUCACCCCUUUGUACAUGGCAGCCCAGGAAAAUCACGAUUCUGUCGUUAAAUUCCUACUCAGUAAAGGAGCGAAUCAGACACUCGCUACUGAGGACGGUUUUACUCCUCUUGCUGUUGCCAUGCAGCAGGGCCAUGACAAGGUUGUUGCUGUCCUGUUGGAGAGUGACACGAGGGGAAAAGUUCGGUUACCCGCACUUCACAUUGCCGCUAAGAAAGAUGACUGCAAAGCUGCAGCAUUGCUACUCCAAAACGACCAUAAUCCCGACGUGACAUCGAAGAGUGGCUUCACACCCCUCCACAUUGCUGCCCACUACGGAAAUGAUCGAAUUGCCUCACUGUUAUACGAAAAAGGGGCCGACGUUAAUUUCGCUGCGAAGCACAACAUAACUCCAAUGCACGUAGCAGCUAAAUGGGGAAAAAUAAAAAUGGUGAAUUUAUUAAUGAGCAAAGGUGCUAACAUCUCGGCAAAGACUCGAGACGGUCUGACGCCCUUGCACUGUGCAGCACGAGCAGGUCACCACGAAGUUGUUGAUAUUCUGAUUGAAAAAGGCGCUCCAAUUGGGUCGAAAACGAAGAAUGGUUUAGCGCCACUGCACAUGGCAUCCCAAGGUGACCACGUAGAUGCUGCUAGGAUUUUACUCUAUCAUCGUGCACCUGUCGACGAAGUAACUGUAGAUUAUCUGACUGCUCUUCACGUUGCGGCCCACUGUGGUCACGUACGUGUUGCAAAACUUCUUCUCGACCGCAAUGCAGAUCCAAAUGCCAGAGCACUGAACGGCUUCACGCCACUCCACAUCGCGUGCAAAAAAAAUCGUAUUAAAGUGGUGGAAUUGCUGCUUAAGCACAAAGCUAGUAUUGAAGCAACGACUGAGUCCGGCCUUACGCCUCUUCAUGUCGCUAGUUUUAUGGGUUGUAUGAAUAUUGUUAUAUAUUUAUUGCAAAACGAAGCUAGUCCAGAUAUACCUACUGUCAGGGGAGAGACACCACUUCAUCUUGCCGCAAGAGCUAAUCAAACGGAUAUCAUUAGGAUAUUGCUGAGAAAUGGGGCGCAGGUUGAUGCUAGAGCCAGGGAAGAGCAAACACCCCUUCACGUUGCUUCACGGCUGGGCAAUGUCGAUAUUGUCAUGCUUUUACUCCAACAUGGUGCCGACGUUGAUGCCACAACAAAAGACUUGUACACACCCCUUCAUAUCGCAGCCAAGGAAGGCCAGGAGGAGGUUGCAUCUGUAUUACUGGAAAACGGUGCUUCCCUCACAGCAACAACGAAGAAGGGCUUCACUCCCCUACACUUGGCUGCCAAGUACGGUAACAUGAACGUGGCGAGGCUUUUACUGCAGAAGAAUGCACCAGUUGAUGCCCAAGGAAAAAAUGGAGUGACACCACUUCACGUGGCGUCACAUUACGAUCAUCAGAAUGUCGCACUUUUGCUGUUGGAUAAGGGAGCGUCGCCCCAUGCAAUGGCUAAAAAUGGUCACACCCCUCUUCACAUUGCUGCUCGAAAAAAUCAAAUGGAUAUCGCCACUACUCUUUUAGAAUAUGGAGCUAAAGCGAAUGCAGAAUCAAAGGCUGGAUUUACGCCUCUUCAUCUCAGUGCUCAGGAGGGGCACACCGACAUGUCAACCCUGUUGAUUGAACAUAAAGCUGAUACUAAUCAUAAAGCAAAGAAUGGACUUACGCCGCUUCAUUUAUGCGCACAAGAAGAUAAAACCAAUGUUGCCACGAUUCUCGUUAAGAAUGGAGCCCAAAUUGACGCGAAAACUAAGGCGGGCUACACACCACUGCACGUGGCAUGCCACUUUGGCCAAGCAGCAAUGGUGCGUUUCUUAUUGAGAAAUGGAGCUGCAGUUGACAGUGGUACUGGAGCUGGCUACACACCACUCCACCAAGCCGCUCAACAGGGCCACACGUUAAUCAUCAAUCUACUACUGGAGAGCAAAGCUAAACCCAAUGCAGUCACAAAUAAUGGCCAAACAGCAUUGGGGAUCGCGCAGAAGCUGGGAUACAUCAGUGUCGUUGAAACCCUCAAAGUUGUCACGGAAACUGUCAUCACGACUACUCACACUAUUACGAUUGAGGAGAAAUACAAAGUUCAAGCGCCAGAAUCGAUGCAGGAGACAUUUAUGAGCGAUAGUGAGGAUGAGGGCGGUGGUGAUGAAAUCGGAAUGGCGGCCAUGAAUGUGUAUGGACAACCGCCACACGCGCAACACGUGUAUCUCCCUUCCUACUACCAGGGCCAAAUGACCUACACCCGCGAAGAUCCGAUGCUCAGCGACCAGCAACAAUAUCGUUAUAUGACUGUUGAUGACAUGAAGUCAAUGGGUGACGAUUCAAUGAGGGUAAAUGUUACCGACGAUGAGAAGGACAAUCGACAUUCCGGAGGAGUCAGCGUUACUGACAUGGUGACCAAAGAGACCUAUCAGCGUACCAAUGCCGCAAAUCUCAAGCCUGACAACGUAGACAUUCACAGACAUCCGGUACACGUUGGACUGUCACUAGAGUUCUUAAAUUCGUCGCUGGCAGCCCUUGGUAGCCAUUCAAAAGGACAAGGAAUGUGGAGGGACAGCUUCCUGGUUUCUUUUCUGGUGGAUGCACGUGGGGGUGCGAUGAGAGGAUGUCGACACAGUGGUGUGCGUGUUAUUGUACCACCGAGAAAGGCAGCUAUGCCGAUGAGAGUCACUUGCAGAUAUUUGAAGAGGGAUAAGCUAACAAAUCCGCCACCUUUGAUGGAGGGCGAGGCGCUUGCUAGUAGAAUUCUUGAACUUGGUCCAGUUGGCGCCAAGUUUUUGGGGCCAGUGAUUAUUGAAGUUCCACAUUUUGCAUCACUUCGGGGUAAAGAACGGGAAAUUGUAAUUCUACGAUCGGAUAAUGGAGAAACCUGGCGUGAGCACACCCUGGAGGCCAGUGAAGAGGCCGUACAGGAUGUUCUAAACGAGAGCUUUGAAGGAGAAGAAUUGAGCCAGCUGGAGGAUCUUCAGACGUCUCGAAUCGUCCGAAUUCUCACGGUAGAUUUCCCCCAUUACUUCGCAGUCGUGUCAAGAAUAAGGCAAGAGGUUCACGCAGUCGGCCCUGAGGGUGGAACUGUUUCAUCAUCGGCAGUACCACAAGUUCAGGCAGUAUUCCCACCUGCUGCAUUAACGAAAAAGAUCAGAGUUGGCCUACAGGCUCAUCCAAUACCCGUCGAACUGGUAGCCAAACUUCUCGGCAAUCGUGUGGCAGUAUCACCAAUAGUAACCGUCGAGCCUCGACGAAGAAAGUUCCACAAACCAAUUACACUGACGAUACCUGUACCUCAGGCAGCUAAUAAGGGCAUGAUAAAUCAGUACUCUGGGGAGACCCCGACAUUGAGGCUGCUCUGCAGUAUAACUGGGGGUCAGUCACGGGCGGUCUGGGAGGACGUAACCGGCUCAACACCUCUGCAAUUCGUCAAGGAUUGUGUAUCAUUCACAACAACCGUAUCAGCCAGGUUCUGGCUGAUGGAUUGUCGAAAUGUCACGGAAGCAACGAGAAUGGCUACUGAACUCUAUACGCAUGCCACUCAUGUUCCGUUCAUGGCUAAAUUCGUUGUAUUCGCUAAACGUGUAGAUCCUCUCGAGGCACGUCUCCGCGUAUUCUGCAUGACAGAUGACAAGGAGGACAAAACAUUGGAGCACCAGGAGCACUUCACCGAAGUGGCAAAAAGCCGAGACGUGGAAGUCCUCGAGGGUAAAACUCAGUACAUGGAGUUUGCUGGUAAUCUCGUGCCAGUUCUGAAAAGUGGCGAACAACUGCAAUUGCCCUUCCGCGCAUUCAAGGAGAACCGUGUGCCGUUCACCGCGCGAGUUAAAGAUCCAGAUGCGGCUGACAUGGUCGGUAGAAUAAUGUUCAUGAGUGAGCCGAAGGUCGCCAAGGGCGAGCCGCCCCAGACGCCAAUUUGCACCCUCAACAUCCUCCUUCCCGAGAAAAUCUCCCCUGACGCAGCCCACAGCGAGCUCGACCUCCUCGAAUUAUCAAAGAACUACAGUUUCUUGAGGGACGGGGGCAUGAGCAGACCUGACACCAUCCACCGGGCCACAAUUCGUCUCACUGAUAUCGCUAAUCUUCUCGAUCGUGAUUGGGAGAAGCUCGCCGAAGAAAUGAAUAUUUCGCCCGGCGAUGUGGAAUUGAUAAAACUGGAACAUCCGGACAAACCGGCGCUUCAGGCAGCCACCAUGUUUAAAAUCUGGCAAGCCAACGGAAAUAAAGCGACAGGGAAUACGCUCGAGAAGGCCCUAAAUAAAAUUGGCCGUGAGGACAUUGUGAAAAAGUGUAUAUUUAACGUUGAACUGGUAACUGACGACGUUGAGAAGGCGGUAGCAAGGGUCAGGCUUGAUCAGCCUGGUUUUGAUUCACUUAAAGAGGAGCUCGGACCAUCCAGAGACUCGUCAUUACGGCGAGAUGGUACACUCUCAGAUCGUAAAACCGAUCUUGAUUACGAGGAGCCGGACCGAAUGAGAGACUCUGAGUCGAUCGAGGAUCUCAAAGCAGUUGGUAACGUGCCGCACAAACAAACAAAACAGCAGCACAUUACAAUCAAUGGCACUACUGUCUUCAACGGUACCUCCACCCCAAUUAAAGACAAAUACGCAAGCGACGAGAAAGAGCUUGUCGAUGAAAUGGCUGAUUUUAUCGAGCAUAAGUGUCAUAAGACAGACACAAUGACUAAAAGAAUACGAGACGAAGCAGACGAUGACAAUAAAAAUCGACAAAAGAUAAUUGAGGAUGCAAACAGACUGGUUACUGGUGUUUUACAAGACGCUGAGAAAGAGAAGGAGAAAUUAGCAAAGGAGGGGUGGUCAGGGGUUUAUGAUGAUGCGAGUAAAGAGGCAGAAGGUGCUGUAGGACAGAUUGAGGGGAUUAUAGCUAAAGAGAGUGUAGGCCGCGGGGAAGAGUCGAUUGAACCGUUAAUUAUUAAAAAAAAGAAAAUUGAUACUCCGCACGGUACUAUCAUUACUACGAUUACUACCACGACGAAAGGUGCUCCCAAAAGUGGAACAGUUAUAUCCGAAACAAAGACCAUUAAAGAAACAAUUACACCUGGCCAAGUGCAUUUAUUCGAGACUAAAGAGCCAGUGACUCUUUCACAAGACAGUUCGAAGAAAAAAGUCACUAUCACAAAAACUACUAUAAUGCUGGAUUCUGGUCUUAAGGACGCAGAAAUUUCAAAAAGAUCGGAUGAGCCAAGCGCGCCGAUGGCUGCGUUUGACCCAAACGUUGAAGCCGAUCGCAGCAUGGAACCGGCCCAAGACAUCGUCAGGAUCCAACCUGAUCCUGCGCUGAUGUCGGCAAAAGACCGAACGGUAAGUGAAAGUGAGAAAUUAUUGAAAGGAGGGAAAGAAAUUGCCGAGAAGACGAUGAAAAAUAAACUGAACGAUGACGCGAAGGAUUUAAAAACCGUAAAGCCAACGAAAGAAAUGGACACAGGUGCUUAUGAAGGCGUGUAUAAUGUGCAUUUAGACGAUUCAAAGGCUGAAGAGGGAAAAAAGAAAGAGAAAGGCAGCAUUUUCUCCGGUAUAUUCAAGGGACCAAAAAUAAAGAAAGGAAAAAAAAGAGACUCGAAAGAGGUAUCAUUUGACAGUGGUGAUGAAGAUAUCAAAGUUACGAAAGAAUUCCUCGAGGACACAAGGAAAGUAGCUGAUCUGACACGUGACUCUCCUCAAUUCGAGUAUCCUGCUUUCGAUCCAACCACUUAUAUAUGUAUUUGUCCCCAAAAACUCCCUGAACAAGAACCAAAUCGGGAUCCUAUUUGGGCUACUGCUGAUUUCCUCUACGAUUCUCGGCGAAGUGCCGAAGCUUUUGUUCCAGAAAUCGAAGAUCUUGCAGAAGAACAGGAAAUCAAGCCUAUUGAUGGUGUGGCUAUAACACCAGAAGUUGAGAAGACUCCAAAGAAGAAGUUAGUGACAAAAGAAGAGCCAGUGAGUGCUGAUGAUCAUAAAGAAAAACACGGUUUCUUCUCUGGUCUAUUCAAGGGGUCAAAGAAACAUGAUGGUGAUGUGGAAACCCCUAUUAUGAAGACAAAGAAGGAAGACAAGAAUAUCAUAGCGAAACAUGAGCAAGAAAUGCAGAAGUCUGUAGCUGAACUGAAAAGUAGUGUGGACGAUGAAAAAGAUCGUCUUGAUUCAUCUGUGAAAACAACAGUGGAUGAUGUCGACAGCGUCAUAACAACGACUAAAAAGUCAGUCUUGGAUGACAUUAAGGACUUCAAGAAAGCUAUGCGUAACGAUAAAAAACAAGCUGAUGAUGGUUUGAAGCGCCUAAGUGGUGACUUGAAAUCACUCGACGAGAAAAUCAAGUCCGGUGCGGAUGAAAUAGAAAAAGAAACUAAACAUGCUACAGGAGUAUUGAAAACAGAAGUUGAAGAGACAACUGAUGAGGUCAAGGAUAAAUCUAGUGGCUUCUUUGGCAUUUUCAAGAGUCCUAAAACUAAAAAUCGACGUAGUCGAUCGAAAGAUAAGGAUACAUCGAAAGACGUGUCCUUUGACAGUGGAGAUGAAGAACUCAGGAUAAGUACAGCUGCAUUUUUAGAUGACACUAGAAAGGCGGCGGACAGAGCUUUACUGAAGUUGGAAAAAGAACCCCAAGUGAAAGAACAAAGUGAUAUCAAAGUAGAGAAAUUCAUUACGACAGUUCCUGAAGAAUCGGACCUACCAAAGGAUAAAUUAAAAGGCAGUUCGUAUGAUGUAAAGGUACCAAAAGUUGAAACGACGACAAUUACAAAAACCAUCAUAUCAAAUUCCGAUCCGAAUGAUGCAGUGCAGUCUUCAGAACAAAAACGCAGUCGCGUUGAUAAGAAGAAAGCCGAACAAAGGAGAUCGGGUGAAUUCUCAGAUUCGGCUGACGAAAGCAAAUCGAAGGGGACCAGCUUCUUCGAAAAAUUCAAGAGCCCGAAACUGAGAUCGAGGAAGAAUCGAUCUAGGGAUCGGAGCACUUCAACAGAGCCUUCCUUUGACAGUGGUGAUGAAGAACUCAGACAUGCAACAUCGAAAUUCCUGGAUGAUACACGCAAAAUUGCAGAGGCAACCGGCAGUUUCGAUGAGCCUAGAAAAUCUCUCAAGGAUACGUUGGUCACUAAAGAACCUGUAUCCCCCGUGACAGCAGAAGUCAAACAGACAGAUGAUGAAGCAGUGGAUGUAAAAUCCAAAGAAGAUGAUGGAAAAGGGAAAAGUGGACUUUUCGGGAUAUUUAAAAGUCCCAAAAGUCACAUUCGGAGGAGGAGUAAAUCAAGGGAAAAGAGUUCAUCAACUGAUGCCUCAUUCGAUAGUGGUGAUGAGGAUUUGAGGAUCGCGACUUCCAAACUCUUGGACGAUACUCGUAAGAUCGCAGAUAUUAUGGAAGAACAUCCAUACCCAUCUGCUCCUGCCGUACAAUUGCUGCAACGCGAUGAAGGUGAUGGAGAGAAACCAACAGAACUGGGUGAAAAAAGUGGUUUUCUGUCUGGAAUUUUCAAGAGUGCUAAACACGCGGUCGAAGAAGUAACUGAUGAUGUUAAAGAAUUCUGGGAAGAGACGAAGGAAGAGGCUGAAGAAGAGAAACAGCAAGCUGAUCAUGAACUCGAAAAAACUACCAAAGCAGCUGCAGAGAUUGGAGAUGGAAUAACCGCUGUUGGAGAAACUGUCAACGCGGAGAUUGAUAAGAAAGUUGGUGAAACUCUAAACGACAAUUCUGAAACUCUCCAAACUAUAAAAGUCGAAAUCACCGAUGUGCCAGACAAAACUGAUCAUAAUAUUCCACAUCGUGGUGCAAAAGGAUCAACUGAGGUGAAGGAGAAAGCUAGUAAGGUGAGCAAAGACAUCGAUAAGGCUAAAAAGUCCAUGGCUAAACCUCCCAAAAAGGAGGUUGAAGCAAAGAAAGGAAAAGUCGCUGUGGAUACAAAAAAAGUCUCAGAUUCGCCAACUGCUGCAAAACGUAAAACUGGAAGGGAGCCGGAAAAACUCAAAGAGAAAGGUCCAGGUCUUCUUUCAGGCAUUAUUAAAGGUGCUAAACAUGCUGUAGAUGAAGUAUCAGAAGAUGUUAAAGAAUUCUGGGACGAGACCCAGGAUGAAGCUAAAAAAGAAGAUGAACGAGCACAAAAAGAAGAUGGGUCUGAUGUGAGGAAAAGCCCCCCCAUUAAGGAUUCCGAUUCAUCAGCUGACGAAACAGGCAAAAAAGAAAAGUUGGUUGGUAAAGAUGUGACAGGAUCUUUGAAAGGAAUCAAAGGAAAAGUUAUACAAACUACUACUACAACCGUAAAGACUACCAGAGUAUCUCCUCCGAAAAAUGGAAAAACUAUUGAUCAAACUAAGAAAGCCGCACCACAACCAUCCAAGGAGGAAUCCAAAACAGUAAAAAGAAAAAUCAGCGAUGUUGAUAAAACUGUUGCAGCUAAGGCUAAAACUGCUAAAGAAACUGCUGCCGAAAAAGUCAAAGUCACUAAGAAUGUCCCGGAAGACCCUAAAACUACAAAAGAUACUACUGUAGAGACAGCCAAGUCAGCGAAUCAGCCAUCUGCAGAACAAGCGAAGCUGUCCAAAGGAAGUCCUACAGAAAAACUCAAGUCUGACAAGAAUAAUGGCCAGGAGAAAACUAAGUCAAUGAGACAGUCACCUCCGAAAGCUGCUGGAGAUGUCGAUCAACCUAAAAGGGCAAUUUCCAAACAAGUCAAAACCGAAUCGAAAACAACGAAGGGUAAAGUUGAUGCUGCUUCUAAAAGUACAGCAGGUGCCAAAGAUGCAGCCCUGAAAAAAGACAAAGAUGUGAAAAAAGGAAAGGACAAGGGUUCGGAUUUCUUGACAGGUAUCAUCAAAGGUGCUAAACACGCAGCUGAUGAAGUUACCGAAGAUGUUAAUCAAUUCCUGGAUGAGACAAGGAAGGAUGCUGAAGAACAAGAGAAACAGCUUAGACGGGAAGCUGAAGAAACCGCUAAGACUUCUGAAGAUAUGAAGAAUAGAAUAGGUCAAGAUAUCGAGUCAGCCAAGGAUGAUGCAUCCCAUAAAGUUACUGAGAAGUCCAAGGAUAUUGUUGAUCUAACACAUGCAGCCGAUAAAGAAGCAACACAAAUGAUCGAUGGUAUUGGGGAUGAAUUCGAGAAAGAUACUAAAGUAAUCCAAGAUCACGUCACUGAGACAGCAACCGUUGCUAUUGAUUCUACCGAAAAAGCUGCUGAUAAAGUUGAGAAAGAAGCAAAGAAAGCAAAAGAUAAAGGUAAAGGUUUCUUAUUUGGCAUUUUCAAAGGUAGCAAACACAGUGUCGACGAAAUGACUGAUGGCAUCCAAGAUACAAUCGAUGAUGUAAAGAAGGAAGCUGAAAAGGGCAAAGAAGCCAUGCAAGGUACAGUGAAAUACGUCAAGGAAAAACUUGAUCACGAUGUCAAUAUAGUAAAAACCGAUAUUAAGAAAUCUAAAAACUCGUUCGAUAAAGAAAUUAAAGAGGGCAAAAUUCAUAUUGAUGAUAAAAUUUCUGGUACAGCAACGGCUAUUAAAGAUGAUAUCGAUACUGCAGCAUGUCAAGGGCAAAAAGAACUUGAACAGGCGAAGAAAACAAUUGAAGGUGCUUUAAGUGAAAUUUCAGAGAAAUCUGACAACGGUAUAUCGAAAGCCCACAUUGGAGCUGCAACAAUUACCGAUGCUGUCGAGAAAACACCUCAAAUAGUUGAAGAUACUGCAAAACAGGUCGUAGAUAAUGUAGUCAACACUAGAGACGCUACUGUGAAGGAAAUUGAUAAAAACUUGAAUGUUGCAAAUGAAAAAGUGAGUACUACAGCUGAGGAAAUAUCUGAUUUGAUUAAAGAUGGGAAAGACAAAGCUGAGAAAGAAGCUAGAAAGGCUAAAGACAAGGGUAAAGGCUUCUUUACUAAUAUAUUCAAAGGUUCUAAACAUGCAGUCGAGACCACUGGAGACGAUGUUCAAAAUUUCCUUGAAAAAGCUAAAGAAGAAGCUGCGAGAGAUAAGGAACAACUUCAACAGAAUGCUGAUAAAAUAGCUGAAAAUAUAACGGAUAUCAAGGGUGAUAUUAUAAAUGAUCUUGAUUCUGGUAAAGAUGCUAUCGUCGAUAUGGGUAAAGCCGCUGAUGAUGCACUUUCCAGUACUACAAAGCAGGCAUCAAAUGCUACUAAAGAUGCAACCAAAAAAGUGGCUGAUGAAAUAUUAGAUACGAAACACGCUGUUGCUGAGGGAGUCCAGAAGAACGCAGAAAGGUUGAAAGAAGACGUUAAGGAAGUAGCUCACAGUGUGUCUAAAGCAGCAGAUGAAAGCCAAGAUAAAAUAGGGAAAGAAGCGAUAAAAGCCAAAGAAAAAACAAAGGGCUUCUUCUCAGGUAUUUUCAAAGGGGUCAAGCAUGCAUCAGACGAAGUUGCUGAAGAUGCUAAAGACCUCGCUGACGAGGCGGGAAGGGAGCUGGAGGAGGAUCAACAUAAAAUAUCCAAAUAUGUUUCGGAUACCACCAAAACCAUAAGUGAUGUAGCAGACGAAGCUAAGAACAAAACAAUUGACACUACGGCUGCAGGUAAAGAUGCGGUUGUAGAUGCUGGUCAAACCGUAGUGGACACCGUUUCAGGUACCACCUACCGUCCAGCGAAGGCAACUGAAGACGCCGUCAAGAAAAUGGUCGAUGGUAUGGCAGAGACAAAAGAUUCGAUAAGUGCAGCAUUUACCAAAGAUUCUAAGAAUUUGAAAGAUCAAAUGCAACGGACCACUGAUAAAGUAGUAAAUACUGCUGAGGAACGUAAGGAUAAAAUUGAAAAGGAAGCAGGAAAAGCUAAAGAUAAGACCAAGGGUUUCUUCACUGGGAUCUUCAAGGGAGGCAAGCACGCUGCUGAUGAAGUCAUUAAAGACACAAACGAUUUUAUUCAGGAAACUGAGAAAGCAAUAGAAGAAGAUCGCAAAUUAUCAGCCCAUGUUGCAGAAACGAAAACCGCUGUUACCGAGGGCGCCGAAAAGGCUCAAGAUAAACUCGUUAGCGCUGCAAUCGCAAGUAAAGAUGCUAGUACUGAAACAGCCAACGCGACAGGCAAUGCAGUAGCAAGUACAGUAGAAGGAACAUCGAGAGCGGUGGACGAUACCGUUAAGACAGUUUCCGAAAAGAUAGCAGAAUCUAAGGCAGCUAUCACUGAAAAGGGAAAAAAAGAGACAGAAAGAUUGAAAGAAGACGUAAAAAAUGUCACUCAUUCUAUUGCUGACACCACAGACGAAAUCACGGAUAAGAUAGAAAAAGACGCAGCUAAAGCUAAAGAAAAAACUAAAGGUUUCUUUUCCGGUAUCUUCAAAGGAGCAAAAUAUGCAGCAGAUGAGGUAGCUCAAGACACAAAAGAUUUCAUGCAUGAUGCUGGAAAGGAAGUUCAGAAAGAUGAACAGAUGUUAUCGAAAAAAGUUUCAGAAAUAAAAGUACAUUCUACUGAUGCUGCAGAAAAGGCUAAAGACCAAGUCAUUGAUACUGCUAUUGCAGGGAAAGAUACGGUUACUGACACGGUUCAAGUUACCGGUGAUGUAAUAUCAAGUACUACAGAGAAAGCAUCGCAGGCAACCAACGACACAGUUAAAAAAAUGGCUGAUGAUGUGACAGAUACAAAAGUCGCUCUAACAGAAAGUGUCAAGAAAGGUGUAGAAAGCUUAGAGGACGGUGCAAAAGAUGUAGCUCAUGCUGCUGCUGAUACUGCUGAAGGGAGCAAGCAUAAAGCUGAGAAGGAAGUGGCCAAAGCGAAAGGAAAAUCCAAAGGUUUCUUUUCCGGCAUCUUCAAGGGAGCAAAACACGCUGCUGAUGAAGUAGUCGACGAUGUGAAAGAAUUUAUUCAUGAAACUGAACAAGAAGCGAAAAAAGAUGAAGAGAAGUUAUCCAAAAAUAUUUCUGACACAGCAGCAAAUGUCAAAGAUGUUGCAGGAAAAGUGAAAGAUAAAGUUGUGGACACUGCUAUUGCAGGUAAAGAUGCUGUCGUUGAUGGUGCUAAAACGGUAGGCGAAGAAGUGUCAAAUACUGCAGGAAAAGCGAAGGAUCAGCUCGUAGAUUCUGCUGUUGCUGGCAAAGAUGCUGUUGUUGAUGGAGCUAAAGCGACAGGCGAAGCAGUUUCAAGUACUGUUGGAGAAGUACAAGAUAAGUUUGUCGAUACGGCUGUUGCAGGAAAAGAUGCAGUUGUCCGGGCUAAAACGAUAGGUGAUGCAGUUUCAAGUAGUGCAGAACAAGCAUCAAAGGCAUCUAAAGACACAGCCAAGAAAAUUUCCGAUGACAUUAUCGAGACAAAAGAUGCUGUAACUCAGAAAGUGACGGAAAAUGUAGAGAGUGUGCAGGAUGAAAUGAAAGAUGUCGGUCGUGCAGUUGUUGAAUCUGUUAAAGAAGCCGAAGAAAAAGUGGAGAAAGAGGCAACAAAGGCUAAAGAUAAAACCAAGGGAUUCUUUUCAGGAAUUUUCAAAGGUGCCAAACACGCAGCUGAAGAAGUAGCUGAAGAUACGAAAAAUGUCGUUAAAGAAACUGAAGACAAACUGAAACAGGACAAAGAAAAACUUCCGGAACGAGUUUCAGAAAUCAAACAGAGCGUCACUGAAACCAUUGGAAAAGCGAAGAAUGAAAUAACUGAUUCUACUCUUACGAGUAAAGAGAUUGCUGCUGAUGUUGCCAAAGCUGUGGGUGAUACAGUACUAAGCGCUGCAGAUCAGACAUCCAAAAUCCGUGAAGAAACAGCAAAGAAAAUUACCACUGACGUAGUACAGACUAGCGAUUUUGUAACUACAAAUUUGCAGACAAAUGUCGAAGGUCUGAAAGGUGAAUUGAAAGAUGUUGCUCAUAUGGUUGCUGAUACGGCUGAAGAAAGUAGAGGCAAAAUGGAGAAAGAAGCCUCAAAAACUAAAGAAAAAUCUAAGGGAUUCUUCUCUGGUAUUUUUAAGGGGGGAAAGCAUGCCGUUGGUGAAAUUUCUCAAGAUACAAAAGAUUUCCUUGACCAUACGAAGAAAGAAAUUGAACAAGAUAGAGAAAAAUUAUCAAAACAAGCCUCAGACACAACAACUGUAACUGAUGCUAUAGGUAAAGUUAAAGAUGAAGUAAUCGACAAAGCUGUUUCUGGGAAAGAUGCUGUUGUCCAUGCCGCCAGCACUACUGGGGAUGUUCUUUCAAGUUCUGCAGAACAUGCAUUGAAAACCACUCAAGACACAUCUAAAAAAAUUUUCGAUGGUGUAGUAGAUGCGAAAGUCGCUGUCAGUAAACAUGUCAAAACAGAUAUGGAAAACUUGAAAGAUGGUGCUCACACAGUUGCGGAAACUGUCGAGGAAAAUGCAGACAAAGUUGAAAAAGAAGCGUUAAAAACUAAGGAAAAAACCAAGGGAUUCUUCUCUGGCAUUUUCAAAGGGGCGAAACAUGCUGCUGAUGAAGCUGCUGAAGAUACAAAAGACUUCCUUGACCAUGCAAAGAAAGAAAUUCAACAAGAUGGAGAAAAACUAUCGAAACAAGUUUCAGAUACCACAACAACUUUUACUGAAACUGCAGAAAAAGCUGCAGAUAAACUCGUUGAAACUUCAGUGGCAGGUAAAGAAGCUAUUAUUGAUGUCGCUAAAACGAGUGCUGAUGUCCUUUCAAGUUCUGCAGAACGUGCAUUGAAAACCAGCGAUGACGCAGCAAAAGAAGUUGUUGAUGAUGCAAUUGAUGUGAAGGAGGCUAUAAGUAAAAAAGUGAAGACAGGUACAGAGCAUUUGAAAGAGGGAGUACAAGAUGUUGCACAUGUCGUCGCCGACGCUGCUGCGGAAACCAAAGAUGAAGCUGAAAAGGAGGUAACCAAGGCUAAAGAAAAAGCAAAGGGUUUCUUCUCCGGCAUCUUCAAAGGCAGUAAACACGCCACUGAUGAAGUAGUUGACGAUGUGAAGGAGCUCGCCCAAGAAACUAAAAAUGAAGUAAAAAAAGACAAAGAGAUAAUAUCGAAGCAUAUUUCUGACACAACCAGCAACAUCACUAACACUGUAGGAAAUGUGCAGGAUAAAAUUGUGGAUACUGCUGUUGCAGGUAAACACGCUAUUGCUGAUGCAGCUAAGACCACUGGUGAUGUACUUGCAAGUACUACCAAACAAGCAGCAAAAGCAACCAAAGACACAGUUGAAAAAAUCGAUGCAAAUAUGGCAGAGAGGAAACAAGCUAUAACUGAUGAGGUAAAAAAAGAAACUGAAAGUUUAAAAGAUGGGGUGGAACAUGUCACCCAUGCCGUUGCAGAUUCCGCCAAGAAAAUAAACGAUAAAGCUGAGAAAGAAGCAAUGGAAGCUAAAGAUAAAACCAAGGGUUUCUUCUCUGGCAUUUUCAAAGGCGCUAAACAUGCUGCUGAUGAAGUAGUCGACGAUGUGAAGGAAUUCAUCCAUGAAACUGAAGAAGACGCAAAACAUGAAGAGAAAUUAUCGAAGCACAUUUCGGAAACAACCGACAAUGUCACCGACGCUGUAGAAACAGCAAAGAACAAAGUGGUCGAUACAGUUGUUGCGAGUAAACAGUCUAUUGCUAAUGCAGCCGAGGCCACUGGUGUUGCGAUCUCUAGUACUACCGAACAAGCAUCAACGGCAACCAGAGAUACGGUUAGAGGCAUUAGUGGUGAUAUAACCAAGACAAACCAAGCUAUUACUGAUAAAGUGAAGGAAAAGACUGAAAGCUUGAGUGAUGGGGUAAAACACGUCGCUCAUACAGUUGUCGAUUCUGCCAAAGAAACCAAAGAGAAAGCUGAAAAAGAAGCAGCGAAAGCUAAAGAUAAAACUGAGGGCUUUUUCUCUGGUAUCUUCAAAGGAGCGAGGCAUGCUGCUGAUGAAGUAGUUGAUGAUGUAAAAGAAUUUAUUCAUGUUACUGAAGAAGAAGCUAAACACGAGGAAGAAAAAUUAUCGAAGAAAAUUUCUGAUACUACUGGAGCCAUCUCUGACACUGCACAGGAAAUCAAAGGCCAGGUCGUCGACACGGCUGUUUCCAGCAAGCAUGCCGUUGUUGAUGUGGCUAAAGGCACCGGUGAUACAGUUUUAAGUACUGCAGGACAAGCAUCGAAAGCGACUAAGGACACAGUUAAGAAAAUUGUAGACAACGUAACGGAAAAAGAAAAUGCUUUAGCUGAAAAGUUGAAGAAACAUACGGAAAGUGUAAAAGAUGAAGCGGAACACGUGGCUUCUACUGUUGCCGAGUCGGCUCAAGAAAACAAAGAUAUGAUUGAAAAGGAGGCAGCCAAAGCUAAAGAAAAAACUCAUGGAUUUUUCUCCGAAAUUUUCAAAGGAGCUCAACAUGCGACUGAUGAAGCAGCUCAAGAAACAAAAAAAUUGAUUGAUGAAACUGGAAAGAAAAUAGGAGAAACCGAACGAAAGGCCGCAGAGAAAAUCUCAGAUACAACAACGACUGUUACUGAUGCCGCAGUGAAAGCUAAAGAUCACAUAGUUGACACUGCUGUAGCUGGCAAAGAUGCUGUAGUUGAUUCCGCUAAAUCCACUGGUGAAGUACUUUCAAAAUCUGCGGAUCACAUAUCGAAAACCACCAGCCAGGCAGCUAAAAAAGUUGGUGAUGGUGUAACAGAUACGAAGGAAGCAAUAAGUGAGGAACUUGAAAAAGAUGCAAAAAGCAUUAAAGACGCAGUAAGAGACACUGCCCAUGCACUUGGUCAAACUGCUGAAAAGACCCAGGAUAAAGCUGAAAAGGAGGUAACAAAAGCUAAAGACAAGACGAGAGGCUUUUUCUCCGGUAUUUUUAAAGGUGCGAAGCACGCAGCUGAUGAAGUAGUUGACGAUGUCAAAGAAUUCAUUCAUGAAACUGAAGAAGAAGCACAAGAAGAAGAAGAGAAAGCUCGAAAACUCACCGCUGAGACAAUGAAAGAUACAAAGAAAGCCAUAGAUGAGUCCACAACAAAAGUAUCUGAAGGACUUGGAAACGUGCUCGAUAAAUCAGAAAAGUUGAAGGAUGAUGCACAUCAGAAAGUGAAAAAUAUUGAGAAAAGUGCAUCGGAUGCAAUGAAGGUUGCUGGUGACACUUUUACAGAUGCUGCAAGCAAUGCCUUACAUGUAACAAAGAAAUCAGGCCGAAAAAUCAGUGCAGAACUUAGUCAUGCCAAAGAUACAGUACGCAAAGACGAUGCCCAUAUCGUGGAAGAAAAGAUUGCGGAAACUACAGACAAUGCCGCUGCCGCGAAAGAAAAACUAGAAAAAAAAGCCAAGAAAACAAAAGAGAAAACUAAAGGCCUCUUUUCCGGUAUCUUCAAGGGUGCAAAACAUUCUUCAGAGGAGGGCAUUGAUAAUAUGUCAGAAUUCCUCGAGGAAACUAACCGAGAGCUAGAAAAAGAGGCUGAAAAGACACAUCGGGCCUCUGAAGAAGCCACCAAGUCCAUUGAGAAAGCUGUGAGUGAUCUCAGCGCUACAAACGAUGAAAUUACGCAAAAGAUAUCUCAAGCAGCUACGGAUGUUAGUGAUACAGCUAAAGGAAUCGUUGCUGAAAGGCAAAAGAAUAUGGCAACCAGUCAAAAUGCUAUAAUGGAAGCAACUGUAGCUGCAGGCGAAGCUCUUUCUGAUAUACCUAUCAAAAUCCAGGGUGCAUCAAGUGAAACAGUUGAGAAGAUUGGAAAAGAAGUUGAUGCAACCAAGAAGUAUAUGUCUGACGGGCUUGAUAGAGGUAUACAUCUAAUCGAAGAAAAGGGGACAAAGACGGCCGGAACUGUAGCAGAAUCUGCAAAUGCAAUGAAAACAGCGACCGAGGAAGAAGUUGUUCAUGCUAAAGAAAAGGGUAAAGGAUUCUUCUCUGGAAUUCUGAAAAGCGCUAAGCACGCAGUAGAUGAAGUUGCUGCAGAUAUUGAUGAAUUCAAAACUAAAACUCAAAAAGAAGCUGAAGAAGAAGAGGAAGCCGCUCGACAAGCUUUGAACAACGCGGCGAAAUCUGUAAAGAGCGUUAAACAUAAAAUUGAAACUGAUAGCCAUGCUGCAAAAAAGAAAGUAGAUGAACAAGCCUCUAAGGUAGUCCAACGAGCAGAGAAUGCUCUAGUAACCGCCGAAACAGACUUGGACAGGAAAUUGGAUUCAGUGGACCAGAAAACAGCAAAAACUGGGGAAUCUAUUUCCGAAACAGCUAGCAAGUCAAUCCAAAAUCUAAGAGAUACCUCCAAGAAAGUAGAUGAUAAAGCUCAUGAAGUCAAGGAUGUCUUUGACAAAGAGCUGAAAGAAGAUUCAAAGAUUGUUAAACAGGCAGUAUCUGAUUUCACACAUUCAAUUGCGGAUUCGGCUGAAGUUGCGGAGCUGAAACUAGAGGCUGAAACUCAAAAGACUAAAGAAAAAACUAAGGGUUUCUUCUCUGGCAUUUUCAAAAGCGGAAAGCAAGCAGCAGACGACACGGCGCAUGAAACUCAGGAAUUCAUCGACAAGAGCAAAAAAGAAUUUGAGGAAGAGAAACAGGCAGCAGUAAAAUCAGUAAUCGAUGCAUACGAUAAAGCAGCGAUGGACGUUCAGUCUGGAGAUCAGACUGCGCAGAAAAUAUCGCAAACAAGUCAUGAUAUCUCCAAUGUAGCUGAAAGAAUUGCAGAAGAUAUUAGUGAUGGGUCACGAAAAAUUCAAGAUAAAAUAUACCGUAAUGUUGAGGACUUGAAAGAUAAAACCCAUAAAGUUCAUGACAAAUUGGCGGAAGAUACUUCCAAAGUAUCUGGGCAAAUCAUCAAUAACCUUUAUGAUACAAAGGAAGCGGUGGUUGCUGAAGCAGACAAAAAUAUAGCAGCAGCAAAAAUCAACAUUGACGGGGCAGUGCAAUCAACAACUGACCCCACGGAUACUGCACAGCAAGAAAUUGGAAAAACAACGAAAAUGAUGAAAGACAAAGGCGAAGGUUUCUUUUCUGGUAUCGUAAAAGGAGCUAAGCACGCCUUGGAAGAAGUCACAGAUGAUGUCAAAGAAUUCUGGGAUGAGACGAAGGAAGAAGCUAAAGAAGAAGAAGAGCAUGUUAAGCAUAAAAUUAUAGAGGCUGAUAAGAGCGUCAAACAUGAGCUCGAUACUUUUGGGCAAGAUAUUCAAAUGAUUACAGAUGGGCGUCUUGAUUUUAAGGAUCUUGAAACUGAUCUACCGAAACAGGAAAAAGAGGGACAGUCAAAAACUGAGAAACAAAAGGGAAAAAGCGGCCCAAUUUUCGGAAUUUUGAGGCGCGACAAGCAUGAUAAGAUUGUGCACGAUGAAGUCACGACCGUUGGUCAGGUCAUCAUAGAUGGGACCGACGCAAUAUCAAGCUCCACCAAAUCCGCCAUGGAGAAAACCACGAAAGAUGUAAAAGAUGAUGUAAAGGCAGUAGAAGAAAAAAUCAUUGAUAGGAGCAAGGCUGUAGCGGACUCCGCAGAGGUUGUGAAGGAUCAAAUCGAGAAAGAUGUCAAGAAAACGAAAGAGAAAAGUUCAAAUUUCUUCUCAGGAAUUAUCAAGGGUGCGAAACAUGCCGUAGAAGAUGUAUCAGACGAUGUUAAAGAAUUCUGGGAUGAGAGCAAACAGUCAGCCAAAGAAGACGGUAAACAAAUCCAGGAAGAUGUAAAAAAAACUGGAAAGCAAGUCGAAGGAAAAAAAGAUGAGGCAUCGACAGAUUUUAUGAAAAGAGAAGGGGAACUACGAAAAGGAAUGUCUGUAGGGUACGAGCCCAUCCUUCAAACCAUAGACGACAAUUCAUUGUCCAGCCAACCGUUAGCACAAUCCACACCACCUAUACAAGAUCCUUACGUCGCGACAGUGGCCUUUUUAGAAGAUUCUCGUGAAACUGCCAUGCAAAUCGACGACAGGAUGCCAAUUGCACCCACAGAAAUGGAAUCCUCACGAGAAGAAAAAAGUUCAAAAGGAAAAUCAAAGAGUGUAAUUUCGAGUAUGGUCAAGGCCACUGAAAAGUUUUGGGAGGACACCAAGCCUGAAUUCGCUCAUGUAUCUGGUAGUUAUGACGUAUCUUCCCCGCAACGUAAAACAGACAAAAAAAGUGAUAUAGUAGAUGACGCACAGGUUACCCUAGAAUCGUUCGGUCCAAUUGAAAGUAGACUUAGGGAAACAAGCACAGUAACAAAAUCAGUCUCAGGCAUUCCACAAAAAAUAGAUGCAGCUAAAGAUUUUGAUACAGAAGUUAGGGUAGUAAGAACUGAAAAGUCACUAGAACGAGAGUUAGAUGACAGUAAUAGGGUGAAGGGUGUAGGGCACCUUGAGCCUCAUGCACGGCAAACCGUCACGACAAUAGUAACAAAGUCGUCUAUGAGGACGACAAUGUCGACUCCGCCACCCAGCCCCGACGAGCUCGGUGACAGUAGAAUUAAAGAUGUAACGGAGGAAGCUGCUAAACGCGCCCAAAGCUUAGCGGACCAAGCACUUGAGCUAGAAACAUCAGGGCAUGAUUCGGCUGAGAUUGAUGGGACUGUAGAGAGGCAUGUUACUUCUGCUCCGACAAAUCAAUCCGUUCCCGACCCACGUCACUGCACCAAGUCAUCUUCACUGAAAAAAGAAUUGUGUCUUGAUCUUGAAGUCGAUAAACAUCAUCCAAAGUCCCAGAGUCCAAGGUCUAAGAUUCCACAGGCGUCGAGCUCAUCGCCAAAACCACUUGCAUCCGUUCCAUUAGAUAUUAGUUUGGAAGAGUCGAGCCAGAAGAGUAAGAUACCGAUUAAAACAAAGGAGGGAAAAAGAAAGGAUAAGAAUAAUGGUGUUGUAACGAUAUCAAAAACGGAGGAUGGCGAUACAACGAUCAUCAGUAGGCACUCGUUUAUAACAAAAACGAUGGAAGAUGAUAGUGGUGAGACGUCUGUUAUCACGAGAACUGUGACAUCAAUAGUAUCAGAGAGCUCAGGAUCUUUGAGCCAAGCUGACAUGAAUAAAUUGAUUGAAUCGAGCAAUUUCACAGAUCCUGCAGCUAGCAUAACAGAAACAACCACCAGAACGGUGAUAACGGAUAGAAUACCAAAGUCAACUUCGAAAGAAGACAAUGGUGCUUGCACAAGUGCCAAAGAAAUUGUGAGAUCCAUUAGCACAAAGAGCUCCUGGGAAUCUUCAUCGCGAUCACAUGACAAGGACAAUUGGGAUCAGAUUCAAUGUUCUCUGGACACAUCACCAGGCUCCGGUGAUAUUGCCUUCACAAAGAAUGGCGAUUCACGUCACGAAUUACCAAGUGACAGUGACAGCGAUGGCUCACCACGAGCCCGGAGACGAUCAUUGAGCAAGAGACGAACACUGGGCAGCUCAAGUGGAUCGGAUGUUGCUCUGCAUGAAGGUGCUGAACUAUCACCUCUAGAAGACGACCAAGAAUCUGACUUUAUGCAACAGAGCGAACCAUCUUACGUCGAAACAACAACGACGGAAAUUGAUCCAGUAACCAAUGAAAGAAUCACAAAAACAACACGAGUAGCAACAUCAUCAGGAACGACGGGUGGGGGAGCUGGAUCAGACGAACUCCGAGAAUCGAUGCAAAAAAUUGUCGACCAAUUUAUGACAGAAGAGAGAAGAGGCCAGUAAAUAUAAUGAAUGCAAAUUAAGCUAUUUAAUUUCGAGAAAAUUAUUUUAAAACAAUUGGUGUAGCCAAGGAGUAUGAAUUCCUCGCAACAGAUUCAAAUUUCUGAUGUUAAUCAGUAUUUUGUAAAUUUGUGUUCUGUAUUUUAAAGAAAUUAUUGAAUUUCACCUGAUGUAAAAUUCAAUGAAGUGCAUGUGCGUAAAAAUUAUGGCCUAGGCUUCCGUAUUGUUCGAAUCCAUAUUACGAUUUUUAGUUACGAUUUUAAGUUCGAAGGCUUUGUCGAGUUACAAUUGAAUCAUUGAUACUUGCAUAAAUUAUUGUGAGCUAGUAUGACUAGUUUUUCUGCUAGUCAUCACUAUGCAAGGCCAUUUCAGCCAUGAAAAUGAAAAAAAAAAUGGUCUAUUGGUACUUUGCUUUGUACUUUCUAUCCUGAAUUAUCUGUCAAGUAUAUUCUACAUAUGCUUGGAACACAAAGAAACCAUGUAAAACUCAAAUUAUCCUUCGCUUUAGUGAAAUAAAUUACUGUGCAGCGAACUGUCGGCACCUGCACGAAUGAAAAUUAAUACAUUGCUUGGUAAAUAAUGAAAAUGGUAAUGUUUUUUCAAAGUAACUCUUAAGCUUCGGGCUUGCAUAUUGCAAAGCAACAAGAAGGAACAAUUUGCUUCACCGCUAUAUCAAAAGGAUCCAAAUGAAAUUUUCCAUCGCAUCAGUGUAAACAUGUAUUUAAGAUGACAAUGAAAUUUGUAUAGUCACAAUGCCAGUCCGAUCAUCUCAAUAAUAUGGCAAUUGAUAAUUUUUAUCAAAAUGAAUAAAAUGCUAACAAAAUGAAUACAAUGUAAAUUAUUUCUUAUUCGAUGAUAAUUGUCUCAAAUGAAUCUUCAAUUAAAUUGUAUAUUAUCAUUAUUUUCUUAUCUUAAUAUGGUAUAAAUGCGUAAUUAUUGUAAACCUUCGAUCAUGCAUAACUGAAUGUAGACGAUUAUUUUAUUUAUGCAAAAAUGAUAUUGAUGAUAGAGUAAAUUUAAUUGAAUGCCAAUUCAAUAUUUUCAAUCAUGCUUCAUUGCCAACUUUCUUUCUGAGAAGAAAAAUAGUGAAGAUAACACUAUAUAUACAGAAAAAUUAUGGGAAAGAAUCUACAAUGGCUGAAUUAAUGAGACAGUAAAAUUGAGGUAAUAUAAAGACUCACGUGUAGGCUGUCGCGAUGAUUAGCUUUCGUUGUCACAAUAAUUGAAAAAAUUAAAUUAUGGAAAGUUUCUAGAAUAUAUUUGAGAUCCAUAUUUAGAUGAAUACAAAAAUUAUUGAUGGAAAAUAUGAGGAUGUAAUAAAUUAAGAUAAAUGGAGAAAAAAAUUCUGUUCUAGAUUGAGAAUAUUCUAUUAAUAAUAUAUAAUAUAUUGUAUUUGAUGAAAUAUGACUGCACAUUCAAGAUUUAUAAAUUAUUGUACCUAUGUCUAAACAAAUUGCAUUCAAUAGACUUCGCCUAGAGCCCAGUUAACCUAAGGACCAAAGGCACAAUCAUAAA